CGCGCAAACAUUGCUCAUCAGAUCAGAAAUCACUCUCUCUCUUAUUUUUCAACAUUUUUCACUUUCUCAGCAACUUCUACUCCCUUUUCAAAUCUACACAUACCAAGUUAAAAAAAUAAUCCUAAAAAGCUGAAAUCCCUAAAAUCUUUCUGAAUUCUCAAACUCAUUUUCUCUUUCUUUCACUUCUUACCUACACGCUCCGUUGAAUGGGCGCCGUCGAUUGUUUACCUCCGUCACAUGCGGAGGAGAUGGCUGUGCUUUCUUUAAACAAGCUUCCGUUAGGUUUCCGGUUCCGUCCUACUGAUGAGGAGCUCAUCGAUUUCUAUCUCCGACUUAAAAUCAACGGAAACGGCGAUGAAGUUUGGGUUAUCCGUGAAAUCGACGUGUGUAAAUGGGAGCCUUGGGAUUUACCUGACUUGUCAGUGGUAAGGAACAAGGAUCCAGAGUGGUUUUUCUUCUGCCCGCAAGAUCGUAAGUAUCCAAAUGGAAGCAGGUUGAACCGAGCGACAAAUCAUGGGUAUUGGAAGGCGACGGGUAAAGAUCGAAAGAUUAAGUCUGGCCCUACCUUGAUUGGAAUGAAGAAGACUCUGGUUUUCCAUGCUGGUCGUGCUCCGAAGGGGAAGAGGACUAAUUGGGUUAUGCAUGAGUAUAGGCCUACCUUGAAGGAGCUUGAUGGUACCAACCCUGGACAGAACCCAUAUGUCCUCUGUCGCUUGUUUAAGAAGCAAGAUGAGAGUAUUGAAAGUUCAAACUGUGGUGAAGUGGAGCAGACUGCUUCAACUCCUAUGACUGCCAAUUACUCUCCCGAAGAAAUACAGUCUGAUCCAAAUGUGGUUCCUGGUGCAUCUUCCUCACAGGUCACAGAAGACUAUAAGCACCUUGCAGCUAUCCCUGAGAACUCCGAGGAAGCAAUAUCCAACUUUUUAACCCCAGCUGAUUGCUAUAGGGAUGCAUGCAAUGCUUCUGAUGCACAAAAUCAAAUUGUAACAACAGCUGCAGAGGAGGAUCAGCUGUUUAACUUGGACAUAUUUGAUAGCCCGCAAUUUGAGCAAUUGGAUGAUAAAUUGUUCUCCCCAGUCCACGCACAUUUUCCACAAGAUUUUUUUUAUGAAACCAACAAUGAAGUAGAAUUUCAGUAUGGUACGAACGAAACAGAUGUUUCAGACUUUUUCAACUCGGCUGUUAAUUGGGACGAGGUCUCCCGCGAGGCGUCUAGCAGUCUAGAGCUGAAGUCGGACUUGCUUCAUGUUAAGGACAAUGGGUCGUGCAGUGACUCGGAAGUGGAAAUGGCCAAUAUGAUGCAUCUGCAACCAUUACAUGCUUAUCCUGAGGGGGUGACUCCGACUCCGCAAAAUAGCGAUGCAGGGCUGUUUUAUUCAUCCUUUUUUAGUACUGGCCCGACACCUACUGUAGUCGAUGAAUGUAUGGGCCAAACACCCGCUGUAGUCGAUGAAUCUAUGGGCCAAACACCUGCUGUGGUCGAUGGAUAUGAGCAAAUGAGGAAUUUGGAUACUGUAGUCCAAGGUGACACCGGAAUCAGGAUAAGGACUCGACAAAGACGAAAUGAACAGCCAAUCACGAACCCAGUGAUGCCAGCACAAGGUAGUGCACCGCGGAGAAUACUAUUGGGAGGAUUUGUUACGCAUUCCCUUGUUUCUGAGGAAACGACAAAAGAUAGGAGUUCUGCCCCAGUAAACCAUAACUCGGAAACUAUCAUUUCUAGGGAAAAGCAAACUUCAGAAAAACAUGCUGCUGGGGAGAGUGCCACGGACACCAACAUCAAUGAUGUGGAUGAACUGGAGAAGACGUCUCUCGCAUCAGACGACACAAGAAAGAUCUCUCAGCAACAUGUUACAACUACAGAAUCCAUAUUGGAGUGGAAAGACUCUUUAUUAGGAAGAAGGGUCUGUUACUCGUCAAAGAUUUCGUCGAAUCGUGCCAUGUGGUCUUCGGUUCUUGCAGUUUCUGCCAUUGUACUGGUCUCACUAGUAUUGUUUGUUAAUAUCUGGGGAUAUCUUAGAAUUGAAACUGCUCAUUAGCUGAUAAUUCUUGUGUAGAAUUUGCCUCCAUUGCUUUUUUGGGCCAGUUAAGGAGGGGCGUGUAGGGUUGACUUUCCUAUAUUUGUCGAUAAGAAGAACAGUCAUGUAUUAUUAUAUGUGCAUAUAUAUGCAGAGAAUGGUUACCUAGUUUUCAGUCA